ACCAUAUUCGCCCAUUGAAGUGACGGUCCGGAAGCGGGCAUGGGCGCGGUACAGGGAUCGCCCGCGUGCGCAUGGUGUCCAGGCGCCAGUGGCGUGGAGGCCGACGAGGCAGAUCUGAAGAGGCGCAAGAUGACCGCGGCUGGCGACCACCUGACGAUGUACCUCGACGCCAGCGCCAGCGCGCUCGAGUCCGAGUACCUCGCCAAGUCCACCGAGGCGCAUGGCUACAUGGGCAAAGCCAAGAAGCGCCCACGCGCCGGGUCGCUGGAAGCGAUUCCGGUGCCCGAUGCGUUCCUCGCUGAGAACCUCCGCGUACGGCGACCGCGUGCAAACACCAACUCGCGCGGGAGCCGCGGCCUCUCCAACGUGACCAGUACGUACCAUUACAGCAACAAUAGUAGCUACGAAACCAUACCCAGCGUCGUCCAAGCAUAAAAGGCAACGUCAUCCGCCAACAUCAUCCUCAAUAUAUAUAUGUCUAUCGAGA